CUGCAGGGUGCGCGCCGGCGGAGUCGCGGUGAGCGCUGCUCGGGCGCGCGCUUGGCUCUCGCUUCGGAGCGCGGUGGGGUGGCGCCGGUGCUCGCCCGCCUGCAGCUCCGGACGCCAGGCGCUCGGGAGCCCCGCUGGGUCGCUCGUUGGCGACUGCCGCAUCUUUUGUGAGGCUCGGGGCGGCAUGUGGGCGCCGAGGGGUCUCUUCCCGUCUGCACGGACCCCGGAGACAAUGGACCGAGACGCGAGCAUGGAUUGAGGGCGCUGGAGGGGAAGCGAGCCGCGUGGGGAAUCAUGACUUCUGCCGCCGAAAUAAAGAAGCCACCAGUGGCCCCCAAGCCGAAGUUCGUGAUGGCACAGAGUAAGCCAGCCCCCCCUGCCAUUGCACCGAAACCGGACAGCGUGACUGCUGCCAUUCCUCUGUCAACAAGGAAAGCUAAACCGGCAGUUGCACCCAAACCAAAAGUUCUGAAGACCUUACAUGUGGGAGAGCCUUCGCCCUUGCUACUGAGGAAGACGGCUGAGACCCCAGAAAAGCAUAAACCAGAGUCACCCCACAGUACCAACUGUUUUAAUUGCAAAACUACAGGGGAUCAGAGCAGUGAUUAUAUUUUACCAAAGUGUCCCUGCGGUUCUGAAUGUAUCUGUAAGCUUGGGAAUAAAAAGAAGAUAUGGGUAAAGCAGCUUGUGUUAGAACCCUUGGAAAUGAAAGAAAGUUUAGAAAACAAUAAAAUGGAUGAGUCCUCUUUGACAACAGAAACUCAGAUGAAAUGGACUUCUGGUGAAAAGUAUAGGAGCCACAGUGGAGUGAUUUUAAAGGCAAACAUCCUAGAAGCCAAACUCAAAGAUACUUUGAAAAGACCAGUGUCACCUUUUGGUCACCCGCAGAAGCACAUAUCCACGGGUAGCAGCUCAGAAAUGAAUGGGGGCAGCAGCGCCGAUGCACGGUUCACAGUUGAUCUUCCAGAUGCCUCACCUUCCCCGUCCAGCUUCAAAAAAGUGCCUGUUUCUCAGAACUGCCACUUGGAGCUUCCUAGCGGUGAAUUUGAAAAUCUUGAAACUUAUGAGGGGGGAAGCAAAAACAGCAAUAAUUGCUUUCAUUCCUCUGAACCGGAAGCUCUGGGAAAUGAUAAAAGAGAUACACUUGUAUCUUUAGAUGGAGUUAGUAAAAACUCAAAGGUCAAAGACCUCAGUCCUGUAAAAAUUGACUCAGUACCAGCUAGCCCCAGAUUUCCUACCCUGAAGCCCAGAAAGGGACGUCUGUUACGCCAAAAACAUGUGGAUACUCCCAGUGAAAGUGCUGCACACGCAGAGAAUUUAAAUCAUAGCUCUGCCUGUCUUGGUGAAGUUAGUUCAACAAACAGUGAAGUCAGUGUUUUUCAGGAGAAUGUUUUGUGUCACCAGGAUUCAGUGAACGAAGUGAAGUCGGAAAGUAAAAGUGAACUGAAUAGCAGCUCCAGGAGGGACAGACAAGACUGUCAUGGGACUUCUUCCCUUGAGAACAUGGCACCUUCGUUAGAUACAGACUCUGAUUUGAGUUCUGACAGCAGGGCAGGUGCAGAUGGUCCUAGUACAUCACUUGAUGAGGACAAAGGGACCCAUUUCACAAAAUCCAGUGCUCUGUCUUGGAGCUUGCCUAAGCAGCUCAAGUUAACCUGCACUGACCAUCUGUCAGCUGGAAACCUGGGAGUGUCUGCCCCUGCAAUGCAGAAGGACUGUAUGAUGAAGAAGGAAAGUUCCUCGAGAAUUGUCCCCAAGAAGCCUCAGAGGCACAGUUUGCCUGCUUCGGGAGUGCUUAAGAAGGCUGCCUCUGUGGAGCUGGUGGAGAAAAGUUCUUAUGCCUCAGUUGAAGUAAAAAGUUCAGGGAAGGUUCUAGAAGGAAAUCUCCUUCAGCAUUUGUGUGCCCCAGACCAAGCUAGGUCUUCGUCCUUUGAUAUGCCUAAACGGACUUCAGAAAAGCCAGUGUGGAAAUUACCUCAUCCUAUUUUACCCUUACUAGGGAACUCAGAAUCCUUGAAGUUUGUCACUGUGUCUUCCAGUGGUGAGGCUGCUGCUGCCCCAAGCAAACCCAGAGCGAAGUCCUUAUCCUCUGUGGACCUGGACAGAUGCACCAAGCCUUGCAAAUACUCUCCUAAGAAGAACUCUUUCAGGCAGUUGUUCAACAAGAAGCUAUCCAUGUGUUUCAUGAAGGGAGACUUUCAGAGAGUCCGGCCCAGGGGUAGCCAGCCGGGAGACACAAGCAGAGGUUGGCUGUCGGCUGGGGUGUGGAAAGGGCUUGGCAGUGACUGGCGUGGCACAAUAGUGGCUGACCUGGAGAAGAGAGGCAAACCCAGCAAGGCAUACUCUGCAGAUCACUACAGCCCCGAGUCCCAGAAGAAAAAGAAGAAGCGGAAGCCGUGGGGUGGGACUAGUGCAGAUGAUGGCCCAACGGUGGAGUCUCCGGAUGAGCAGAAGCUGUCUGGAGAGGUCUCCUGUCAGCCGCCUGGCAAGGCAGUCUGUGAGCCGGAGUAUGAAAACGUGCGCCACUAUGAGGAGAUCCCGGAGUAUGAGAACUUGCCCUUUGUUAUGGGCGCAGGGAAGGCUCUGGAGUUGGAAGGGCAGAAUUACAACGGCACGGAGGAUGCUGACGCCAAUGUGUACGAAGCCCAAGAGCCAGACGGAGCUGCGGGUGACUGGCCACCUCCAAGGCCUGAUCGUCAGAGUUCCAGCAGCUCUGAACCAGCCUCAGAGGGACCCAGAGACCCUGAUCUUAGCCUCGAUGAUCUGCCUUCCGAAGAGGAUGAAGUCAUCAACAGCUCAGACGAGGAAGAUGGCAGCUCUGGGUCCAGUAAAGGGGAGCCAGAGCCGCUGGAGGAUAAGCAGGAGGAAGGCACUGGGAUGAAAAGCAAAGUUCAUCACAUCGCCGGGGAGAUCAUGAGCUCAGAGAAAGUGUUUGUGGAUGUGUUAAAACUGUUGCAUAUUGACUUCCGGAAUGCUGUGGGCCACGCUUCCAGGCAGCUGGGGAAGCCUAUCAUUGAGGACCGGAUCCUGAAUCAGAUCUUGUACUACCUGCCCCAGCUCUAUGAGCUCAACCGUGACCUUCUGAGUGAACUGGAGGAAAGAAUGUCCAACUGGACCGAGCAACAAAGAAUCGCUGAUAUCUUUGUAAAGAAGGGCCCCUAUCUGAAAAUGUAUUCCGCAUACAUCAAAGAGUUUGAUAAAAACAUAGCUCUGCUGGAUGAGCAAUGCAAGAAAAACUCGGGUUUCGCUGCUGUUGUUAGAGAAUUUGAGAUGAGCCCUCGCUGUGCCAACCUGGCCCUCAAGCACUACCUGCUCAAGCUGGUCCAGAGGAUCCCACAAUACCGGCUGCUGCUCACAGAUUAUUUGAAGAAUCUCUUAGAAGACUCUGCAGAUUACAGAGACACUCAAGAUGCCCUUGCUGUGGUGAUUGAGGUGGCCAACCACGCCAAUGACAGCAUGAAGCAGGGCGACAACUUCCAGAAGCUCCUGCGGAUCCAGUACAGCCUGAGCGGGCACCAGGAGAUCCUGCAGCCGGGGCGGGUUUUCCUCAAGGAAGGUGUCCUGAUGAAGCUGUCUCGGAAGGUCAUGCAGCCUCGCAUGUUUUUUCUGUUCAGCGAUGUCCUGCUGUACACCACGCCGCUGCAGUCGGGAACAUACAAGCUCAACAACGUGCUCUCCUUAGCUGGCAUGAAGGUCACAAAGCCCGGCCAGGAAGCCUAUCAGAAUGAAUUAAAGAUCGAGAGUGUGGAACGCUCCUUCAUUCUCUCAGCCAGCUCUGCCUGUGAGAGGGACGAGUGGCUGGCAGCCAUCUCUGGGGCCAUCGAGGAGCAUGCCAAGAAGAGAGUCACCUUCUGCCCUGGUAGGAGCCUUGAGGAGGCUGACCCAGAGAGAAAGGAAGACGCGCCUCCCUUGGGCUCCAAGGCGCCCAUCUGGGUUCCAGACACCAGGGCCACCAUGUGCAUGGUCUGCGCCAGGGAGUUCACGCUCACCUGGAGACGACACCACUGCCGCGCCUGCGGGAAGGUCGUAUGCCAAGCCUGUUCCUCAAAUAAAUAUGGCCUAGAUUACCUGAAAAACCAACCUGCGAGAGUAUGUGAACAUUGUUUCCAAGAGCUGCAGAAACUAGGCCAGCAGCACUCCCCAAGGCCCGGCACCCCCGGAAGCCACAAGUCUCCAUCAAGUGCCUUGACAUCUGUGCUGCAGUCCAUCCCCUCUGGGCGGAAGCAAAAGAAGAUCCCUGCAGCUCUCAAAGAAGUGUGGGCCAGCACGGAGGAUUCCACCAUGAGUGGCUACCUGCACCGGGCCAAGGGUGCCCGCAAGCCCUGGAAGCACCUGUGGUUUGUCAUCAAGAACAAAGUACUGUACACAUAUGCGGCCAGCGAGGACGUGGCGGCGCUGGAGAGUCAGCCUCUGUUAGGAUUUACAGUCUCCCAAGCCGGUGAUGAGGGCGCGGACCCGAGAGUGUUCCAGCUGCUGCACAAAGACAUGGUGUUCUAUGUUUUCAAAGCGGAGGACGCACAGUCAGCGCAGAAGUGGAUAGAGGCGUUUCAGGAAGGCACCGUGUUAUAGCAGCGUGGCGGUGGAAUUUCAGCAGGAUGGAGCAAAAGCA